GUCCGCCAUUGCACCCGGCCCCAAAAAGAGUGUAAGAGGAGUAGCAGUCGCAGGAGGAUAGAAGAUUAGGGAUUCACCUGCUGAACCCUACUUCUUCAUUUUUCCUUCUUAAUUAACACUGUCUUUGAGAGAGAGAGAGAGAGUGUUCACGUUCAUUCGUACGUAGUUAUUUACGUGGAGUACUACUGUAAGAGCUGAGAUGGCCCUGUUCAACAUUCACCACCCAUGGACUUUUACUUUUGGUCUCUUAGGCAACCUCAUCUCGUUCAUGGUGUACCUUGCUCCACUGCCAACAUUUUUCCGGAUUUACAAGAAGAAAUCAACUGAAGGCUUCCAAUCGGUUCCUUAUGUGGUUGCACUGUUCAGCGCCAUGCUUUGGAUAUAUUAUGCGUUCUUGAAACCUGACGCUCAUCUACUCAUUACCAUUAACUCUUUUGGAUGCUUCAUUGAGACCGUAUACAUUGUCAUGUUCAUGAUUUAUGCAUCCAAGAAAGUUAGGAUUGAGACUAUCAAACUACUGCUACUGUUGAACGUUGGAACAUUUUGUUUAAUCCUUCUCCUCACUCUCUUCUUAGCACACGGCACCAAACGUGCUCAGAUUGUUGGAUGGCUUUGUGUUGCCUUCUCUGUCAGCGUCUUUGCAGCGCCAUUAAGCAUUAUGAGACUCGUUAUUCGUACAAAGAGCGUUGAAUUCAUGCCGUUUUCAUUGUCAUUCUUCCUCACAUUGAGCGCAGUUAUGUGGUUCUCCUAUGGCUUCCUGCAGAAGGACUUAUACGUUGCUCUGCCAAAUAUAUUGGGAUUCAUCUUUGGGAUCCUUCAAAUGUUGCUAUAUGUAAUCUACAAGGACUCUAAGAAAGUUAUAAUCGAGGAGCAGAAGGUGAAUAACGAGCACAUCAUCGAUGUUAGAAAGCUCAACUCCACGGAGAACCCAGCCGAGGUCCGUUCGGUCGACUUAACAAGGAUCCACGACGAAUGCAAUCUGGGGAUAGAUCAAAGGGCGCGUGAACCAACUGCCCACAAAGAGAAUAACGUGGGAGCUCCAAAUGAAGUCACGACUGUGUGAAUUUAACAGAUCAAUUAAGUAUCCUCAUCACCACCUGCUAGCUGCAACUAUCUUUGACAAGUGUUGAAUUCUCUCGUGUGUGUCCACUGUCCACUAGUCCCAUGUAUUAGUUUCAACUUUCAAGUUUGUAACAUGUGUAUUUGGUUCAAUUCUCUCUCGUGUGUUGUAGUUAGUGUAUGUGUAAUGAAGAUGUAUCCUCCUUAAUUAAUGCCAAAAAAAUUAUGCUGGAAUGUAAUGUUUGUAUCA